AUGUCUACACUUGAGACCAUCGCUCUUCCUCACCUUCCGCAAUACCCUCUUUGCGUUGGGCUGUUCAAGGAUGUGAAGAACGCUACUUUCCUCCGUCAGCAGCUUCUGGCUGGCAACGCCGACUUUGAAUAUGCUUUUCUUGAUGCCUCUGUCGUUCUGUCUCGCAGGCACUUUCUUGCUGCCUCAUUCAGAGGUAUAAAUGAUUUUUCAAGCAAGCGUAUGAAGAGCCACAACGUCCACUCUGAAAUUGUCUUUUCUUUCUCACCCAACAACAACAUUGCCGAAUCGUUUCGCCGCUUUGGUAUUUCAGACACAACACAACAUGUCCUGGCUAUCAAAGUCUUGUCUGGCUCAAACAUCGCCGCAGAGUCUGUCAGCAAACAUCUACAAGAAAACAUUGACGGCGAGCAAGUCGAGGUAUCAGAUGCAAUCCUUGCUGAUCUAGCCGAUCAAGCGAGGCUCCGCAAGAUCUACAAGCUCAAUGUACAAGCCAAAAAGGGUGCUGCGAAUGGUACUACCUCACCAGUUUCUGAGAUCAAGGAGCUUGAAACAUCUAUUCUCGGCGUCAUGGCCCUCAAAGGUUCAUGA